AUGGGAAAACAACCUUAUCAUCUGACUGACUUCAUAAUUAUACUUGAUAAAAAAGUGAACAAAAGUAAUAAAUUUUGUAUUUGUAAAUGUUGUGUAUUAGGCUCUUUAUAUAACGAUGCAAUGAACAAUAAGUUUGCAAAUACACAAGAGCUUGUUCGCUGCUAUUUAAAAAAUUGUAUUUACUUUAAGCAAGCUUAUAGUGAAUCUGAGCAAGCAAAAAUUCUGAAAAAGUCUAAUAAAUUAAAUAGAAAAAAUUCUCAAAAGAGUUCUGAUAAUAAUACUUUUUCAGAUAUUUCUUCAUCAUUAUUAAAGAAUUCUACAUUUACAUCAAAUCAACAGUUUUCAAAUAAAAAACAUACAAUUAAUCGAUAUUGUUUACAACCUUUAAGUAAAGAUCAACAAAAACAAUUUGAGCAGCUUUUACUUCAGGUGACUGUCUCAUGCAGUUCAGCUUUCUCUUGGAUAGAUAACCCUGAAAUAAAAGCAUUUUUUAAAUUUCUUCAUCCCUUAGUUAAACUACCUUCACAAAAAGAUCUUAGUAGUCAAAUUCUGGAAAAAUCAGCACAAAAAAUAAAUAUUUCCAUUCAAGAAGCAGCUCUAAAAGAUACAAAUGGUGUUACAUUAGCAUAUAACAAAGAUAUAUCGAAUGAACGUACAAGGUGGUUUGAUGUGCAAUGUAAGACAGAGGAUAUGCUUAAUAAUUUAAAUAAAAAAGGAAUUAAAGUUAAUGCUAUUGUCACAGAUUGUGCAUCUCAAUAUGAAGCAGCAAAAACACAUGCUGCUCUUAAAAAUUUAGCAACAAAAAUAGAAGAAGACAAUGAUAAAGAUCUUAAUGACUUUCCUGAAAUUCUUCUUACUUAUAUUUCAAACAAUGAAUCGUGGAAUAACCUUAUGCAAUUAAAAUCUCUUCUUGAACCAUAUAUGGCAUCAUUGAACAAGCUUCAGCAAGAUAAGAGUUGCCUUUCUGAUAUUUUGCAUAGUUUUAGCUGGAUAUAUAAACAAAAUAUUGCAAUUCUGGUUGAAGAAAAUGAUGAACAAACGAGUUUAGAUGAAGACACAGAAGAAGAGCAAUUAAUUAGUCUAUCAGAAAAUGAUAUGGAUUUAGAAAAUCCUAAAAAGCAAAUUUGGACGAAUGUUAGUCAUUUCAAUAUAGUUAAAAGCAUAAAUAACUGGAAUGCAAUUGUAAAUCAAUGGGUUAGUCUAAAUGAAGAGGAAGAAGUUGAAGAUGACUUAAAUGAAUCAGAAAGUCUGUCUGAAUUAUAUUUUAAUGAAGUAGAAUUUCAUCCUGUGGAUGACUUUACAGCCAAGUAG